AACUCAAUAAAAAAUUAAACAAAAACAAAAAAGAAUGCAUCAUCAAUGUCAUAAUCAAUCAAUCAAUGUAACGUAACGCACGAGGCAUAGUAAGUCAACGAUCUUUUGCAGUUGAAGUAACCCCAAACAAUUUUUAUGUUUCUAAAUUAGUGAAAUGUUCUACUUCUCUACUCAGUAAUGGGUAAGAGGUCUUUGUCCUUCUCCUUCCGCCGCUCAACUCCCCGCCGCCGACACAAGCAUGCGGCGGUGCCGCCUCCCGGAGUUUCCGGAUCGCCGGUCGCGGUUUCCAGCUCAAAGAAGAAAACCGGCGGUGCCAGGUUGUGGAUGCGGUUUGACCGGUCUGGCCGGUCAGAGCUUAUGGAGUUGGACAAGAACACAAUCAUUCGCCAAGCCUCGAUUCCCGCCAGGGAUUUGAGAAUUUUGGGCCCUAUCUUCUCUCACUCUUCCACUAUUCUCGCUAGAGAGAAAGCAAUGGUAGUGAAUUUGGAGUUUAUAAAGGCUAUAGUCACAGCUGAAGAAGUGCUAUUGCUUGAUCCUCUUCGUCAAGAGGUUCUUCCGUUUGUUGAGCAACUCAGGCAACAGCUUCCAUAUAAGAGUCAAAGUAAAGUUGAUGGAGGUGCUGCAGAUGAACAAGAAAGUGAGAUGCAGCUGGUUUCUACUGGGAGACAAUGGUUACCAUUGGCUGAGGUUUCUGAAGGUUUGCAGUCUGAGCUGCCAUUUGAGUUUCAUGUUUUGGAGAUUGCUUUAGAAGUUGUGUGUACAUAUCUUGACUCAAGUGUGGCAGACCUUGAGAGAGGUGCUUAUCCUGUAUUGGAUGAAUUGGCUAGGAAUGUUAGCACUAAGAAUCUUGAACAUGUGCGAAGUUUGAAGAGUAAUCUUACUCGUUUGCUGGCACGCGUGCAAAAGAUGCGAGAUGAAAUUGAACAUUUAUUAGAUGACAAUGAAGAUAUGGCACAGCUAUAUUUGACAAGGAAGUGGUUGCAGAAUCAGCAAAUUGAGGCUCAUUUGGGUGCCACUAACUCAAAUAACGUUUCUAAUACUGCACCCAUUGUUCGUCGAAUUGGUUCUAACAGAAGUGGAAGUCUAAUGACUAGCAAGUUUGGUGAUGAUAAUGAUGUGGAGGAUCUGGAGAUGUUGCUUGAGGCAUAUUUUAUGCAGUUGGAUGGAAUUCGUAACAAGAUAUUGUCCGUUAGGGAAUAUAUUGAUGACACAGAAGACUAUGUCAACAUCCAACUUGAUAACCAUAGAAAUGAACUAAUUGAGCUGCAGCUGACAUUGACCAUUGCAUCAUUUUCCAUUGCUAUUGAAACUCUGAUUGCUGGUGUAUUUGGCAUGAACAUUCAUUGUUCACUAUAUGAGAAAAAGGGCAUAUUUUGGACCUUUGUUGGGAGUGUUUCUGCAGCUUGCGUACUGCUUUUCCUGCUUGUUUUUGCAUAUGCAAAAUGGAAAAAGUUGCUCGGAUCAUAAGCAUACUUCGUUAUCAGCUGCAGCUGUGUUGUAACAAUUGACUAGAUGAAUCUCAGUAGUCAGUGAUAUCUAAAGAGAAGAUAGGAACUAGGCCCCAAAAACUUUGGCUUAUGAAUCUUGUAUCUCAAUGUCACAAUUCUAUUAGCUGAUGUCUAGGAUGUUCCAAUAUUGCUUUCGACAUUGUGUACUUCAUAGCUGAUACUAUUCACACAGGCAUUUUUCAUUUUCCAACUGAAAGGUGCCAAAUAAAAUGUCUUUUUUUCGGCUUGAUCAGUUUAUAUAUGCAUGUCGAUUGCAUGAGGAACAUUGUGGUGGACUUUAUGAGUAGCU